UUGCAGAGGCCGGGUCACAUUUUGUACUCGCAGCGCCAUCCGUCGGGGUUCGGUUAAACUCAGCGACGAUGGAUGGAUAUGGAUAACGUGUAACGUAUACAACUUGGGCGCGUUCUUUCCUUUUGACAAUUGUUCUGUGUUGUCACUUGCCACUGCUUGCCACCGUGCCGCUGUCCCGGGGUGUUUUAUUCAAAAAAUAUCCUCGACAACAUGGGUGUCACUGUGUUGCAACAAUACCCGAUGAUAGAAAAUAGAACCGGUCCUCAAACGAUCGAAUUCUUGACAAAGAGAGUUAUCGCCCUCGGUGCAGUGCAAACUGGCCAGUUUCUAGUAGAUUGCGAAACCUACGUGUCCGUGCCGCAAUUGGGCGUACAGAGAACCUUGCACGUUCUUCACAAUUCCGAGCAACCUGCAUCGGUGUUCGCCAUCCUCGAGUCAGGCAACAAGGUGGUGCCGUUGAUCGCCGAUGGCCUAUUCGAUCUUUUGAUGUACAAGAUAUCUAGCAUCUACACAAACAAGAUGCAGAAGAUGGAGUCCAAGGGACCACGAUUCGAGAUUGGCGACUUUUGCGUGAAACUUGGCAGUGUCACGAUCAAUCAAAAUUUCAAAGGCGUACUCGUCGAGGUGGAAUACAGACCCUGCGUCGUUCCGGGAAGUGCGUGGGAAUUGAUGCGUGAAUUUUUGCAAGGAUUUCUCGGGCCUACAGUUUCGAAUCAAGCCCCGCAAUAUUUGCAGAACCGAAUGAACGAUAUUUAUCAACCCAUGGAUACUAUACAACAAUAUUUGGAACACUUUGGUCAAUACAGAAAAGCCACGGGUGUCAUUUAGCUUGGUAAAUCCUACUAUUGUCACUGGGAUCGAUCAAAUUCCCAUUAACUUUUCUCCAAUAAAAUUUAUAGAAAAAGAUACAUUUCUUCCUAAUGAUCCAU